ACAGGUAGUCAGUUAGACACACUAAAACAACACAAAAGGCAAUCUGUUAUACUGCACCUCCUGGCAACCUGCAGCGGCCAAGAUGGAUGAUGUGUUUUGUGUGUUUGCCCUGGUCGCCCUGUUGCCCGUGUCCCAGACGGUGAAGAUGACCGGCCUGUUUGGCAGUUUCACCUCCCCAGACUUCCCCCGCCCGUACCCUAACAACCAUCACGCCGUGUGGAACAUCAGCGUUCUGGAAGGCCACCGGGUCAAACUCUACUUCACCCACUUCAGCCUGGAGCCUUCAGAGAACUGCCAAUAUGACUACAUCCAGGUGCUGGCCGAGGCAAACGAGACUUUGCGUUUCUGUGGCGACGGAGAGAAAGGAUAUGAGGACGCUCCUAGGAACACGGUUGUCCUGUCGGCCGGGAACACUAUGUCUGUGGUCUUCAGGAGUGACUACUCUAACGAGGGCCGUUUCACAGGCUUUCACGCAUUUUACACCUCCGAAGAUGUCAACGAGUGUCUGAGCCCGGUGGAGGGAGAUGCUGUGUGUGAUCAUUACUGUCACAAUUAUGUUGGUGGCUAUUACUGCUCAUGCAGGUUGGGAUACCUUCUCCAUGACAACAACAGAUCCUGCACUGUGCCUUGCCAGGUCCAGGUUCUGACAGAGCAGUCAGGGGAGCUGACUAGUCCAGGGUACCCAUCUCCCUACCCCAGCAUGUGCACGUGUGACUACACCAUCCGGCUGCCACAGGGGUCCCGGAUCAUUCUGGACUUCUCCGAACCCUUUGACGUCGAGGGUCACCCCGAUGUCCCUUGUCCCUACGACAACCUGAAGAUAUCGACCGAGGGCCAGGAGUACGGACCCUUCUGUGGAUCUUCCUCGCCAGGACAGAUCGACACAGGAAGUUACCAGGUCCACAUCACGUUCAGGUCUGACGCCUCAGGGAAACACAAAGGGUGGAAGAUCAAGUACUCAAGUAUCACCACCACCCAGGAGCAAAGUGAGAAAUAGAUGUCACAUAUGUUAGUAUGACCCAAUAUGUUAUGGAUUUUAAGAUGCAAGCAGAAUAAAGCCUAUCAUAUCCAAAUGUAUUCAAAUUACAUAUUUGGUUUAGCAAGUCCUGUUGCCAUUAUUUCCAUUCACAUUUUCCAAUGUUUUUGUAUUAGUGGUAAGUAAUACAUAAUGUUGCUAAAGUGAUGUUAAUGCUGUCAGAUGUCCUUGAAAGAUUUGAACCAAUUUGCCCGUUUCUAUUCAAAAUAAAGUAAAAUGUUUUAGUUUAACUAUUAUCUGUCAGAAAGUUAACCAUACAAAAUAUAUAACAGUGACCCUUUCUUGGGAAACACCACUAUUACAACGAAAUAUAAUGAUAACCUAAAAUCACCCUAUGCAAACUUGACUUCAGUCUGAUGCAGACUUUACAAGGUUCAGUAAUUCGCUUCCGAAAACAUUGAAUUAAUGCAGUGAAGUACUUUGAAAGUCAAAUCAACUGCUGGUGUCGUAGAAGCAGUUCAUGGUGAUUGUGUUAACCUGCAUACAUUAUUCAUGCACUUCUCGAUCCUCUACAGGUCCUUCUCUAUCAAAACAGCCAUUAAAGGGUUCUUCACACAGAUUAAAUCGCCUCUUGUCGGACACUUUAGCAUCCGCUCGCUAACAUUUUCUCUGUUUCUCUCCCUUUGUUCGUGGAAAUAGAGAAGAGAUGAGUCCCCAGUAAGGGUUCACAGUAACAGGCAAUAACAUGUACCCUUUGUUUGAAUUCAAAUUAUAAAUUUAUCAUCAGAUUAAAGUCUUCAAGAUGUCUUGUGAGAACUCCAUUCAGCUCUGUUCCAGACGAGCUACUGAUGUAGUUGUUUCCAAGAACUUCCAAUCUCUCCUCCAACGGAGGGUGGACUGUACGGGUUUAAGGCCACGGUACUGUCACGUCGGCCUGAAUAAACGUGUUCAGUCAUGGACACUGACCCAUUAGAUGACAUUACCUUGACAUUUAAAAGACAACAGAAUCGAAUCUGGAGGCAUGAUCGUUCAGCUCUCUCUCUAAAACAAAACUGAAGUGUAUGCUUUGCAGGAACAACAACGAUAGCUCACAUUGACUUGGGCUGUUGGUGGUGCGCUCCCUUGUAUAACAGUAUUACCAUAGGUACUUUGUCUUCUCUAAGGCUGCUGAGUUGUGUGUAACUGGUUCAGUCGAAUCAAAGCCAAAGGCAUUACACACACCAUGAACUCCAUUUACCAACCACUGAAAGAUAUUAAGUAGCUGUGCAAAACCAAAAGGCAACUCUGGCUCACACACACACACACGCACGCACACACUGUUCAGCUCAAUAUGCACCAACUCUAAAAUUACAGCUGUGUGACACACGGUACUUAGCAUCUGAAUGGAGCUGCUUACAGGGAGACUGAAUAACCAUUGGCAGGCGCUGUGAUUUCCUCCCAGGGUUUGUGGUCAGGAGCUGGACGCUGAUGGAGACGAGCGACGAGUUCAUUAUGAUGGAAGGCGUCACCAAUGUUCCUCCAAACGAGUACCUUUUAACAAAGCCUCCACAACCGUCCUUUAGGACUUGUCUGGCGUGCGGCUCACCUACAGCAUCCCUCGUUAAAAUACCUCAAUAAAACCCAAAC